AACGGUACCUUAUGUUAGUGGUGCAUUAAUUUAUCGCAUAACCUCGUCGGUCAUUUCGGAGUUUUGACAGUUCGCGAAUGAUAGAUUACAUUGCUUUCACAUUGACUCAUAUGUGAUUUGAGAAUUAUGUAUAAUAUUAUAUAUUUCAUGUGUAUUUGACGCACAAUGCAAUAUCUGUGAUAAACAUUUUACAAAAGUAGAUAAAAAAAUGUCCGCAAUUAUAGAUGAUAAAGUGGUCGCAGGAGCACAAUCCGCAAAUGUUGUCAAAGAAGAUCCCAUUGUUGCUCUGACGGAGAAAGUAAAUGCACUAUAUUUUUUUCGAGACCAUUAUUUUGAAAAUCGUCCUAUCGAAGAAGCAAUUAAAAAGAAUGGUGACAUAGAAAAAGAAAUGAAAGACACAUUAAAUAAGUUUGACGAAUGCAAAGGAUAUGAAAUCGAUGGGUCACGAGCAAGAUACUACUAUCUAAAAGGAAAGGCCUUAAAUGUUACAGAAUGUUUUAUACCUCAAGCAGAAGAACUAUUAACUAAAGCAGUAAAGUUAGAGCCUAAUUUAAUCGAAGCAUGGAAUGAAUUAGGUGAAUGUUAUUGGAAGAAUGAUGAUAUUCAACAAGCAAAAAAUUGUUUUGUUGGUGCUUUACGCCAUGGUAGAAAUAAAGUAUCUUUACGAAGUCUAUCUAUGGUUCUUAGACAGGAACCAGUUUCUAAUACCGAGCAACGAAUACAAAAUAUACAACAGGGAAUGGAGUAUGCGAAAGAAGCAGUUAGUCUAGACACAACAGAUGGUAUUUCCUGGGCAAUUUUAGGAAAUGCCUAUUUGUCUUCCUUUUUUACAGUAGCACAAAAUCCUGCAACGUUACGUUGUUGCAUUUCAGCUUACCUGCAAGCAGAAAAAGAUAUUGUAGCUGGAAGUAAUUCUCAUUUAUUUCAUAAUAAAGCAGUGGCUUUAAAAUAUCAAGAAGAGUAUUGUGCAGCAUUGAAGUCAUUUGAAAGAGCAAUGUUAUUAGAUCCAAUAUGGGACACGCCACGCACUAAAAGAGAUGAAUUAUUACAAUAUUUAAAAGAUGUACAAAAUUUAGUAAACAAUAAUGGAAGAGUAAAACCAAAGAGAUUGUACCAAAUGAUACGGGCAUUGGAUGUUAAACAUUUGGGACCAUACAAAGGUGGCUCUUUCACAUCUGGUCAAAAAACUGUGAAAUUAGAAUUAACAAUGCUGAAAGAUUUAACUGCUGGAGUUAAUCCAGAAAAGGUGGUAUUCGGUAAAGUAGUAUGUUGGAUACAAGAUACUGAUUGCGUACCUUUCGCUUUUUGUCUUGUUGACGAGGAGAAAACAUGUAUAGCUGUAACAGUAUAUAAUCUGGCUAAGGGUCGUGGGGUUACUGUAGGAGAUUCUGUGGCUCUUCCUGAACCUUUUGUUAUCCACCAAAAGUUUUCUUACCUUAACAAUGUAGGUGUAACAAAAGAACACAUUGUUGGGGUACUAAAGUUAGAAGUAAUUCUUAUGUUUCUUUUUUUUUUCAGGACUUCGAUUUCAAGUCUAUACGAGUUGAAACUCCAGUUAUAUUGGUUGUCAAUGGCAGAAAACUAGGUAGAGAGCAGCAAGCCUCUGCGAAAUUCCAUACUUUUAAAAAGACGGAUUGAGCACAAAUUUUCAAAAAUUAAUAGUGAGACACAGUCGACACUCAGCUAUUUCUGUAACUUCAAUGUGAAUGAGUGACGACGGCUGAUACGACAUUUGAAUUUUAAACUCAAGUAUUAUUACAUUCAUAGAAUUAGAUUAUCUUACCACAGUCAAUAUUGUCGAGGAUUGGAAUAUAUUUACUUGUAUUGUUGAGCGUUUGCUUUGGAAAAUAUCGUUCAAGUUGCAGACAAUUAAAUUUUUAAAGACGUU